AUGGCAACUUCUCAGUGCACUUCUUGUGGCCGCAUUCUCCAGCAUUGCCAGUGUCGCCGGCAAGCAUCCACCACCGUAUCCAGCAGCGCAGAUAAUACGGCCGGCGAACUUACUCCAGCUUGUUGUUGUAGUUGCUACACCGGGUGGACUAUUGUUUUCUACCUUCUCUUUCUAAUGUUUUCAGGAAAACAAUUUAUGGGCAAAGCUGGUUGUUACUUGGAGCUAUUUGCCAGUUCCGUCACCGUCUCAAACGCAAACGCAAACACAAACAUCUCAACCGCUGAUUGGAGAGUCGGUUUGGUUGCUAAGAGUCCGGUCACCCGCUGCAAAAUAUCUUUACAUACAAGCAAGUCUCGUCUCCUUCGUGGAGAUCACGAGGUUGUCUCCGGGUCAGCUCCGUGGCUGGAUGGCUUUGGACAGUUUUUUACCUCAGACAAUACGUAUGAGCCGGUCACAAGCGUCGAUUUCAAAGGGGUUGAAAUGCCGGGAGUUGUAGGGGACCUGGUUAGGGGUUAUAAGGUGGAGAUUGCCGUCGCAGUGAAGGCAGAUGGUAAACAUGUUUUCUUGAUUGUGUUGUGCGGAGAUUUACCGGUGAAAUUGACGGCUGAUCCGAAGGGGAAUGUGAUUGGAUCGUUGCUAGGAAAUAUGAAACGGUGUGAGUAUGUAGUCGGAGAUAACUUGAAUAUUCAUGUUUAG